AAGCAAAAUAAACAAAAACGGGGAGCCUGUCAUUGUGUGACGCUGUGGUGCUACGAUGUGAUUAAUUGAAAAUACAGGAUCGAUUAGUCUGUAUUUGAUCAUUUCACGCAACCAGCCACGCUGUUUUGCUGACGUAACGUCAAACUCUACGUGUUAACAGUUCAGUCUCCACUCUGUGAUGAGCUGCUUGUGCGACAAUGGAUAGUGAUCUGAGCUCACAGGACAGGAAGGACUUGGAUAAAUUCAUCAAAUUCUUUGCCUUGAAGACAGUGCAAAUUAUAGUUCAAGCCCGGCUUGGAGAGAAGAUCAGCACUUGCUCAUCUUCAUCACCGACAGGUUCAGACUGGUUUAAUUUGGCAAUAAAAGACAUCCCAGAGGUGACUCAUGAGGCAAAAAAAGCUCUUGCUGGGCAGCUGCCUGGGAUCGGCCGAUCCAUGUGUGUGGAGAUCUCCCUCAAAACCUCAGAGGGAGACUCCAUGGAGCUGGAGACGUGGUGUUUGGAAAUGAAUGAAAAAACGCCUGGAGAAGAUGAGGGAGGGACUUAUGCAGGAAUAGAAGACUCUCAGGAGGUGUGCACCACGUCCUUUUCCACCUCCCCACCAUCACAGUGUGUGUGUACUGUAAGUCAGGCACAUUUUAAGACACCUAAGCCAGCUCUGAUGGCCACACUGAAGGUUCCCCUCAUGGGGCUUGGCGUCUCACAGCAACUGUACAGCUCUCGUCUGUCAUAUCAGACUCCGGCCCUGGGAACUGUGGAUUUGUGCCAUCCUACGGCUUUUACUGCUGGUGCACAUCCUCACCAGAUGGUUGUGCCGGGUAAAGAAGGUGGAGUCCCACAGGUGCCGGCUCAGCCUAAUCAUGGCACUGCAGCUGAGCAUGGUCGUAUCCCAUCAUGCCCCAAUGGACAGUCCCCUCAGCCGGCACAGCCCACAUCCUGUAGUAGCGAGGUGAAGACUGUGUUCUGUGAUGCUCUAGAGACCACCUUCACCAGGAAAGUUGGUGCUUUUGUCAACAAAGCCACCACUCAGGUGACAACAACCAGGCUGGAUCUUCCUUUUGCUGCAUUCGCUCCAAGAGCCAAUGACCUGGAGGUGAACGACCCGAUGGUGCACCCUCCUCCAUCCCCAGCUCCUUCGUCUCCCUUGCAAGGCAGCCUGCACUCAAACAGCUCGAGCCACAGCGGGGGGCAGCCACAAGAUGACUUUGUCAUGGUUGACUUUAAACCAGCAUUCUCCAAGGAUGACCUUUUGCCAAUGGAUCUGGGAACUUUCUAUAGAGAGUUUCAAAACCCUCCUCAGCUUGCAAGCCUGUCCAUCGAUGUCAGCGCUCAGUCUAUGGCUGAGGAUUUGGAUUCUCUUCCAGAGAAACUGGACAUUUAUGAGAAGAACAUUGAUGAGUUUGAUGCAUUUGUGGACACGCUACAAUAGAACAGAACAGAACAGAGAUUGCUUCCUUCACAACUUCUUUACUCUUCUUGCUUCCUUCACUGAAGCAUCCCUCAUUGGAUGUCUUCAUUAACCCUGUUUUGUGUCAGUUUUUCCUUGUGCAAUGAGCUAUGAAGAGAAUCAUCAUUCAAGAAAAAAAGUGAACUGAGGUAUAAGGAGAACAGCAUCUGUUAAAGGAACUGAGCAACAUAAAAUUUCCAACCCUUGUAUUUAUUAAAAUAGCAGAACUGUGUAAGUAAAGCUCACUGUAAUGAAUGUAUAAACCUGUACCAGCCUUUAUUUUUGUUUUGCUCAUCAUGACAACACAUGUAGUUCACUGACUAGUCACUGAAGCAGAUUUCUGUCAUUGUACUGCUGACACCAUACAAAUUCUCUACAACUUUAAUGUGAGGGGAAAACUUGAAUAAUCUGAGAGUAUGUCCAGGCUUAAACAUGAACGUCACUACAGUGAAUAUUGACAACAGUGAAUUGUGAGUCUGUGUCUGCUUACCUGGUUCUUGUAAAUGCAUUUUACCAUAACUUUUCAUACUUUUAAUUUUUUAUUUUUAAAUUAGGGACAGUUUAUCAUUACUACUCAUCAGGUCUUUAAAUGGUGAUGAAUGCUUUUUUCCCUUUUCUUUUAAAGCUUAUGUUUGGCAAGUCAUUAGAAGCUGGACCUUCUUUUAUUAUUUUAAGUGUCUUCUUUCUCUCCUCACUUUGUUAAUAUGGCAUGUAAAUGUUGGGUAAU